AUGUCGCAGUCGCAACCACCUCAAGCACAAUCAUCGAUGUCGGGCGGCGGAGAGCAGCCAUUCAAGGAAACGAUCUUGCAGAUACUCAGCAAUCAGCAGGCGCUGAUGACACAGUUAUCGCAGCAGGUAUCGGCAAUCCAAGGGAACGUCCAGAAUGCAAAUCGCAAUGAACUGAUUUUGGACUCCCUAGCGACGAAUAUCACUGAAUUCGCCUAUGACCUUGGUUCAUUCGAUGCCUGGUUUUCGCGUUAUGCUGACCUUUUUGAGAAGGACGCCGCUCAGCUUGCGGACGAUGCGAAGGUGCGGUUGUUAUUGAGAAAACUGAAUCCCUCAGCGCACGAACGGUACACGUCAUUCAUCCUCCCCAAACUGUCGAAGGAGUUUACGUUCGAGGAAACCGUCGCCAAAUUGAAGAUUAUCUUUGGCACACCUGUCUCUACGUUCCAUCGACGUUAUCAGUGCCUUCAGACGAUGAAGGACGAAGAUGAGGAUUUUAUCAGCUACUCGUGUAAAGUAAACAAGGCGUGUGUUGACUUCAAGCUCCAAGAACUGAAGGAAGAUCAGUUCAAAUGCCUUAUCUUCGUAUGUGGGCUGAAAUCAUCCAAGGAUUUGGACAUCCGAAUGCGCCUUCUAUCCAGAAUGAACGAGACCAGCGAUAUGACCCUCGAGAAGAUCGUCGAAGAGUGUGAGAGUCUCAUCAAUUUGAAGCGGGACACGGUGCUCAUUGGGGGAAAACCUCCCUCGUCAACUGUAGUCGCCUCGAAUGCCGUUCGGACGCAGCCGAAUCGAAAGGAGAAACCGAACCGAGCGAAGGAUCCAGCACCGAAAACGCCAUGUUGGUCAUGUGGCGGCAUGCACUUUUCAAGCCAGUGCAACUUCAAGGAUCACAAGUGCCGGGAUUGCGGUAGAACGGGCCACAAGGAAGGCUAUUGCAGCUGUUUUUCAUCCAAGCCUCGGCCAAAGCCGGGAAAAGGAAAGCAAGGAAAUUGGAACAAGCAUUCAACGAAAAUUGUCGUCGUUAAAAAUGUCACGCGCAGCCGGAGAUACGUCGAGACAACCAUCAACGGUGUUCCGGUCAACCUCCAGCUAGAUUCCGGCUCCGAUAUUACCAUCAUAUCCAGACAGAACUGGGUCAAGAUCGGAGCGCCCAAAACAUCGCUACCGGACUGUGAAGUGCAGACAGCAUCCGGUGACAAGCUGGGAAUCGAUGCCAUGUUCCGUGCCAACAUUUCGAUCAGUGGCGACCAACGAGAAGGCUCAGACCUCCUCGAUGAGUUUGGGCUGUGGGACGUACCAUUCUCGUCCUUUUGCAAACUGGUGGACACCAAACAAGAAGACCACCAAGUCGCCGAACUGAAGUCCAAGUUCCCGACCGUUUUCACCGGCCAGUUGGGGUUAUGCUCCAAAAUGCAGGUGCACUUGUCGCUCAAGAAGGACGCCAGGCCGGUGUUCAAGCCAAAGCGACCGGUUUCGUACAAUAUGGAGGCCGUUGUGGAAGAUGAACUGAAGCGACUCCAGGACAACGGUAUCAUCACGCCAAUUACGUACGCAGAUUGGGCUGCACCAAUCGUGGUGGUACGUAAACCAGACCGCACUGUCAGGAUAUGCGCCGAUUUUUCCACCGGACUCAACAACGCACUGGAGGCAAACAAUUAUCCACUGCCUCUUCCGGAGGAUAUCUUCAAUCGAAUGGCUAACUGCACAAUGUUUAGCCAUAUCGAUUUAUCCGAUGCGUACCUCCAGGUCCAGGUGGAUGAAGAAAGUAGGAAGCUGAUCAAUAUCAACACUCACAAGGGCCUCUACCAGUUUAACCGGUUGUCACCCGGUAUCAAGAGCGCCCCAGGAGCGUUCCAACAAAUCAUGGAUGCGAUGCUAGCCGGACUAGACUGCACGUGUCCGUACCUCGACGACGUCCUCGUUGGGGGACGCACAGAAGAAGAGCAUAGGAAGAACCUGUACAAAGUGCUAGAACGCCUCUAG